CUGGAAGAGGGUGUGGCUCAUUACAAUUAAUAGCUCAGGGAAAUAUGGCUGAAGUUGAAAGCUUAGAGACUCUCCUGGAGAAAUCAGCCAGUGCUUUAGACGAGAGAGAAGCGUCUGAAAUGAAAAGGAUAUUAUAUGGAGCUCCUACACCUAAGAUAGAGCUCCCACGUGAAGCAGUAGAGAAAGCUGGAGCUGGAAACUUUGAGCUGGCUGCAUACAAAUUCCCUGUGUCAGGAGAGGAGGAGAGCCGCCCUCGUCGUAUUGUCCGUAUAGCUGUGGUCCAAAACGAAAUAGUGAAGCCAACAACAGCUCCAAUCUCAGAGCAGAAAACUGCACUUUGGGACCGCAUUAAAGAAAUAACACAUACAGCUUCGCUUUGCGGUGUGAACAUCAUUUGCUAUCAAGAAGCAUGGCCUCAACCUUUUUUCUUUUGCACACGUGAGAAAUAUCCGUGGACUGAAUUUGCAGAAUCAGCAGAAGAUGGCCCCACGAUAAAGUUAUGCCAAGAGAUGGCUGCCCGUUACAAUAUGGUAAUCGUGUCUUCAAUACUUGAAAGAGAUGCCAAUCAUGGUGGAAUCCUUUUCAACACUGCCGUCAUCAUAUCAAACACUGGUAAAGUACUGGGAAAAACACGCAAGAAUCACAUACCAAGAGUUGGAGACUUCAAUGAAUCCACAUAUUAUAUGGAAGGUAAUACCGGACAUAAAGUGUUCCAGACUGCGUAUGGAAGGAUUGCUGUGAACAUUUGCUAUGGACGUCAUCAUCCGUUAAAUUGGCUAGGCUAUGGCAUUAAUGGAGCAGAG